AUGCAAGCACGCAAGAACCACGGCUUGCGUGAUCCGUUGAGGGUUCGCUCCGCCCGACAAGCAGGCACGCAAGGAGCGGCAGUUAUCAGGAAGCUUUGGGAGGAAUGCUGCGAAAUUGGGGAGGACGGAUGCGGCACGAAAUCGCUCUGUAGCGAGGAGGAAGGAUAG